AUGGCUGGGUCCCGAGAGGAUCCCGUCGAAUUGGGGAGCGACAUGGACGAAGAUGAAGCGCUACGCUAUGCUAUUGCCCUUUCACUCCAGGAACAGGAGGAACAGGGAGACCAGAGUUCGCAGAUCCCGAGCGCCUCAACCUCGACAUCCCACCGGAACGGGACUGGCUCGGGCGGGGCCUCCCUGGGUUUGCUCUCGCUUGAUCGUAAGAAGAUGGAAGAGGAAAGGUUGCAGAGGUUAGCCAAGCGGCGCCGCUCGCCGGAGGACGAAAGAAGUGUUGACGAGGUCCCGCCAGCAAAGAAGAUGACACCAUCCGAACCUUCCAGGCCUGUAACCGCAACAGCAACGGCACAUGUGUUACCGAGCUUGGUUCCCUACCCCAAAGGUGCUAUCAAAAGAACUUGGGCCAAAGGGUAUCCGCGGACUUCCGAUGAUAUCAAGAUCGAAGAGGUGUUUCAGAAGGACAAGUUGGAGCUUGCUCUUCUAAGCUCGUAUCAGUGGGAUGAUGAAUGGCUCAUGUCCAAAAUCGAUCCGAGAAAGACCAAGCUGUUGCUCCUGGCAUUCGCCGAUAGUGAAGCCCAGAAAUCAGAGAUGCUAUCAAAUGCGCCACCGGGAAUCAAGUUCGUCUUUCCGGCAAUGAAUGGGCCUGGGGCUAUGCAUUCCAAGCUCCAGUUGCUAAAGUACCCUGACUAUCUUCGAGUUGUGGUCCCAACUGCCAAUCUCGUCCCAUAUGAUUGGGGGGAGACUGGCGUCAUGGAGAACAUGGUCUUCCUGAUCGACCUCCCUCGUUUGGAGGACCCCGCGACCUAUCGGCAAACCGCGUUCAGUACCGAGCUCGGCCGAUUCUUGUCAGCAACUGGUGCUGGUGAGGGCAUGGUCAGCAGCCUCGCUAACUACGACUUCUCACAAACAAAGCACCUUGGCUUUGUGUACACCAUCCCUGGUGGACAUCAAGGAGAUUCCUCAAAGCGAAUAGGAUACAGUGGGCUGGGCACCACUGUGGCUGCUCUCGGGCUAGCCACUGACGAACCAAUCGACGUGGAUUUUGUCAGAUGGGCUCCUGAUGCACAGCAAGAUGAUCAUGGUAUCACAGACGCAAGCGGGAAGCCGGCUGCCGCGGAGCCGAAAACGGAAGAGAUGUCUCUUGGCUGGGUCUACAUUGGCAGCGCAAAUCUGUCAGAAAGCGCGUGGGGCCGCAUUGUCAAGGACCGAGCGACAGGACAGCCAAAGAUGAGUUGUCGCAAUUGGGAGAGCGGUGUUGUCGUGCGAAUUAGCAACCCCAAAAACAGCAGCACCGUCUCCGCCAGCUUCAGCACCAGCGCCAGCGCCAGCGCUGGUGCCAGUUCCAGCACCAAGGUCAAGGCGGCAGAGGGCCAGGCACAGUCAUCGGUGCGGGCGGGGAAGAUAUCGGCGGAGCCGGACAAGGGAUGUGAUACGAGCCAACACAAUCAUCACCACUACCAGAUGCAGAAGCAGAAUCGGAAACACAAGCAGGAGGAAGGGCUCACGGACACAGAUGCACACGCAGAUUCAGACAUGAUGAGCGGCGCUGUUUUCGAGGGCACAGUCCCAAUACCAAUGCGACGACCAGGUCGACGCUAUCGUGAGGGUGAAGAGCCCUGGUUUUACAGUGUGCAGGGCUGA